UUCCUCCUUUCCUCAGGCUCAUCCUACCCUAUGAGAGAUUUACUAAAGGAGAGGAAGACAAACCCCUUCCACCUGUCAAACCCCGCAAACAAGAGGGGAGUGCUCAGGAGGGCAUCGUAAAAACAAAGAUGGCGGCCAUGAAGCGGCCAAAGGACGAGCAAAAACCUCGGAGUGAAAAGGACGCUUCAGCUAAAGUCCCAGAGCCGGGGAUGGAGGACACAGAACAGCUACAAGAUGUGAAGCUGUUGGACAAGCAGGAUAACCAGCAGUACCAGGCUCUAACCCAGUUGGACAGAGAAGCAAAGAGUCCUCUUUCUGAAGAUGAAGGUGUACAACUAGUCAUCAAGGAUGAAGAUCAGCCUGUGCUCCAUAACACAUAUGAGCAUGCAAAUGGGAAUGUGUUACCCUCACUUCCACAAGAUUGUGCACCACUCAAAUCAGAGGAUUGUGAUGCAUUUCCUGUUGCUAACAUGCCGCUGCACCCAGGUCAUCCUCUCCCCAACUCUCACACACCAGAGAAAUGGCAGCAUGGGAUGCUGGAAUACAAGGUGCCUCCGGGUGCCCUUGCAAAUGCUGAACAGUCUAGGCCACAAGAGAGCCAAAACCAGGUGGGAAUGGUGCUGCCCACUCUAAAACAGAAACCCCUCACAUCUCCAGAAAUCCCACUCGACAGAGCUGAGCCUCCUAAAAAAGAAGAAACAUGCUUCACUUUUAAUCCCCUCCUCUACCCUAGGGGUAAUCCUGGCAUCAUGUCCCCAUUAGCUAAGAAGAAGAUGCUGUCCCAAGUCAGUGGAACAGGACUGCGUAAUAAUUACCCAUAUGGACCGCCACCUCCAUUAGUCAGUAGGAGGUUGUCAGGUAGUGGUACAGAAGGGCCAUCUUCUGGACAGCAGAGCUCCCAGGCUCCUUCCGCUGCAGAGACCAACAUGGUGAUCAAACGCCCAUCAGUUAUCCAGCAUGCUCAAAGUUUCAAGUCCAGAGGAAGUGAGGACAGGAUGUCCUCAACAGAGGGCUCUCAGAAAGAGGGGUGUAAUGAGGGGGAAUUGAUACCCCAGCCACAGCCUACCCCAAUAAGAGAGCCAUACCUAAGGGCUGACCCCCAUUCCAGCAUGGAGAAAUCUGCUGAGAUGCCUCGUCCUGGCCAGGCUCCCAGCUUCCUGAGUGACUUUUAUUCCUCACCUCACCUUCACAAUCUCAGCCGACAAACCGAGCACCACCUGAGCAAGGAGCAGAUAAGCAAGUACCUUAACAGAGACGUUUACCCCCGGGACUGUGAGACCGCCCAGGGCUUUCCUCCAAAUCAGCUUCCCGACAAUGUGGGUUUGAAUUACAGUGCCCGGCUUAAUCAGAAAGAAAAGGGACCUCCUGCAGAAAGGGUAACAGAGGAGCAGCCAACUGAUUUGAGUCUCCCAAAAUCCUCUCCACACAAACUGCCUCUUUCCACAUCCUCCCUCUGUGGCAUCCCACAUCCCACAAUACAACAGGACAUUAAAAACUCUUCUCUCUUUCAAGCAGGAAACAGUCAUAACUCAAGCAUAGAUUAUCAUCCUAGGGCCUGUCGUGUUCCUCCCAUGACCGUGUCCACAUCCAAAAAGGCAACCGAAUCUCACUCAAAGGUUCUGGAAAAAGCACACAAUGGCAGGGGAGAAGAGACCUUGGGUUACAAGAUCGAUGAGAUGGCUCGACCCAUUUUGAACUCCAAAAGCAGCCCGCAGAACAUCUGCACGGCACGGCCUCUAAAAAGGACCCUUGAGGAUUUGGAAAAUGCACCAUCGGAGAAGAAGAUCAGGGCUGUGACACCCUUGCACUGCUCAACGCAAAGAGAUGGUCCAGGGAAACCUAGAACACCAGAAGCUGACAGUGAGUCCAUGAAGCCGGCAGAGCCUACUCACACGGCACACAUCAGCAGUUACUCAUCGGAGGGCCACAAGAUCCCCUUGCACUCUCACCUGUUCCAAGGGCUGUAUCCAGGGACAUUUGUAUCUCAGGUCCAGGACGUGUGUGAUAGCUUGGGCUCCCAUGUUACCCCAAGUUACUCCCAUUCACUACAGUACUUGAAGAACCAGGCUGUUCUGUCACCACUCAUGCCCCCUUUCGCUAUUCAUUCCUUAAUGAUGCAAAGACAGUUCCUGGCCGCCAACCCCGCCCACAUUUACAGGCACCAAGUGGGCACCUCAUACGGGGACAUUCUGCACCCGAGCCUCUACCCCAUGUCAGCCCUUCACCCCCAGCCAGCUUUCAGCCCCCCUCAACUCUCUUCAGUGCACCCCAGCACUAAACUUUCCUAGGAAAUGCAGUUUGAUAUUCCCUGGCUGGACACGCCCAGCCCAUGCUUAGCUCAGACUUGAGGCUCCCCAGAAAAUCCCAUCAAGCAUGGUCACACUUAAUGUAUCCAGCGAAUAGCAGUGUUUUAUAAACGCUUUAACACGGGAGCAGUUAUUUCUGUUAUUUACCUUCUUGCCACUCAAGUUUAUGAUUUGCACAUUUCUUUGAACGGGGGCCAACUGGGCUGAUCGUGGCUUGUUCUCACCGCACUGUUUGAAAGUGUCAGUUGGCUUGUUUGAAAACAUGUUGCCUUGACACAGGUGCCCAAGUGGAGAUGGGCGUGAUGUCCAUGGAGGCACCCAAAGGAAAAUUGAGUGACAAAUCAGUGCAAUGCGACAGUGCUAUUUCAGUCCAUUCUGAGAGCUCUUUAGUCCGAAACACUAUGAUACGAUAAUGCAAGAGCUGCCUGGGUAAAUGUUGGACCUUUUAACAUUACUCUUGACUGUAUGUUUUUGUUGCUGUUGUUGUUAUUUUUUUUUUUUUUAAAUGUAACAGUGUGGUAGUUUUAUAUGUUUAUUUUUCAAUCCUACAAGGGUUAAGCAAUGAGAUAUCACAUUUGAUAAAGACGCAAAAAAAGAGACCCGAGUAUUGCAGUUUGGUGUGUUACACAGUUACAUGUAAAUAAAACCAACUAAGCUUUCCUUGAAGGAAUCUUAAAUGUCAGUGAUACAACGUGAGGUAGGCUUCACAAGCUUCUUUGACCACUGUCUGCUGGCUCCCUUUCAGCUCCUUUUAUGCCCAGCCAAACUCGCUCCUGAUCACCAGAGCAAUGUGGAAUGUUUUUGUCAAAUUUAGGACUGAGGUGCUUGUACAUAACCUUCACAAACUGAACGCAUUUUGUAUCAUGUUCACUCGCUACUGUAAUUUCUGAUUGCUCUGAACUUUGGGGCUAAAGAGCGAUUUCGGAUGGUGAGAGGAUAAAAUGCAGGACUACUUAAGUGUCAGAAAGUGAGUUUUGUAUUUGCUGGUGUACACUUGUGCUUGCUUACUCAGAGGACUUUUUUAUCAGGAGAUACAACUUAAAUUUCAAACUACAUUUGGGGGAAACACAUUUUAGGAGCACUUAGAUAAGUCCACACAGGCUUUUCCAUCCGUUUCUGUUUAAGGAUAGCUAACAGUUAAACUUUUAGAUAUUGUUUGAACUUUAGGUCUGUAAGUGCUGGCAGCAGUCAAAUUUGCGUCUGUAUUAAAUGAAGUGUAACUCUUGCCAGAAAAGAGUUUUUAAUUAAAAAAGCAUGAUUUCUUUGCACAAAAGAUUUUGGGAAAGUACCAAGAAAAUUUGAAAAGCAACACACAGUACUCCUAGGGGUAAUCAAUUAUAUAUUUUUUUUUCUUUUUUUUUUUUUUUUCUUUUUUUUUUGAUGUAUUAGUAGUAGAAACUAAACUUCAAGAAAUGUAUUUACUCCAACAAUGUUUGGAGUAACACUCAAGGUUGCUAUGUAACAUUUUGUAAUGAGUAAUAAACAGUUUUAUAACUUAA